UUUCUAUACCACGUAUACACUAAUUUCUGUUGGAUUACUUUUUCCAUUGAAAAGGGUUAUUUGUGGCAGACAAAAAGGAAAGCAAUUAGUUAAGAGAAACAAUAUAUUAGAAAUUCGAAUAAAACUAUGCGCUUGGCCUCGCCAUGCUUUUAGUGCAUUUUUAACCAGCGACCACAUUCAGUAGAUUCUAGCAAAGGAAAACAAUUUGUUUAAUAAAAAAAAAAUACGUUUUGGCAUAAUUUGUUAACACUUUAGAUAUUAAAAACCAUUAUGCCUACGAAAUCGGUACAUAAAUGGAUGUCUGACGAAAUGGAACGUUUAACAAUGAGAUUCGCACGCUAUAAACCCAGUUGCAAUGGCUAUAAUCGUAUACAACCGGUGCUACUGUCGCGUAGUGUCACACAAAUGUUGAACAAUCCUCUGCCAGUGGAGGAUCAGAUAGGCAGCACCAUGUCAACGGGACAACAGGCGAAUAAAUGUCAGCAACAAGGACAUAAUCAACCGCAGACGCAAGGAUAUGUGCGGCCCAAGGGUGUGUUGAGUCGUCCCGAAGCAGAGUGGGAAGAAGUUUAUCCGACAGUGCAAUUCGGCAGAAGCGAGAGUCCUUGUGAGAACAAUGGCAAGAAGACGGAACGGAAAUUCGCCUACUAUCGCAAUUGUUCGACAAGAAUAAGUUAGGGGCUAACAGCUAAAUGAGAAUAUUUCAUUUAUAAUUGAUUGAGUAUAUUUUUUGUGUAGUUUUAUGGUAAGAGCAAUGCGUUUUUAGCACUGCCAACAUUCAUUCUUUAUAUAAUUACAUAUACAUAUGUAUGUCUAUAUGUAAAAAUAGUAUAAGUUUUUGCAAUUUGACAAAAAGUAUACAUUUAUAUAAUAAAAUGUUGAAGAUUUGCUGUGUUUAUGUUA